GAGGCUUAUGCUUCAUAAAAUAUGGGAGAUUAGUCAUUAGAUUGCUUGAUGAAAGCACUAAAAUAAUGGGACUGGAAGACUUAAGAAAUUCCGAGAGUAAAGCUUUGCGCUUACAAAGUUAUCGUACUCAUUUAAAUAAGCUCAAGGUUAUGAACUUUAGCCUAUCUGUUAUAGUUUGUUGGUUAGCGGUUAUGGCAUUUUUUGUAGCUCUUUUCAGAAGCAAAAUAGCUGAAUACUUGGCGCUUUACAUCAUAUUAGCAAUUAUAAGUUUUGAUGGAACUGCUAUUAUAAACUUAAUCGCGCUUUUUGGAAUUGUUUAUGG